AUGGCACACGGCGACGACCAACCGCUGUCUAUACGACCAUCUCCCGUCGCCGAUCGUAAACCUCAGAACAUCGCAGAGUUUAUUGCUCGCGCCAACGCGCAACCUGGCGGGUUCAGAGCUAUAAAUGAGGCCAAGCUAAGGGAAGAGCUUGCCCAAGAGGAAGCGGAGUAUGGGGAUGCGCUAGACAGAGAUGUUGAUAUGGCCGAUGGGGACCAAGACGACGACCACGACGACGACGACGACCAGGAUGCGCCGAGAGACCUCCAGGAAGUGCGCAUGGAAAUGCUAAAGAAUCUUGAGUAUGGAAGCCCGCUACAACAUGAUCAUAAACUGACAUCACUCAGCGCCGCGGGAAAUACAGCUCUUCUUACACUCGACUUCCUCUCCCUCCUCAUCUCGAAACAGAACCCUACACAGGCUGGCGUCACUCUAUCGCAAGGCCUACGCGACAUGGUCGGCAUCGGUACAUUGGGAACCGACAGGCUCGAUAACCCACCCGUGACUCCAGCCAAAGUUCAAGAACAGGAGAACAUAGCAUUGGGCCUAGCACUCACACAGACGAACAAAGCACGGGAUGCUGCCGAGGCUGCUAGUGCGUUCUUGGAGAAAGAAGUUACGGUUGAGGGCAGGUACUGGGAGGAGAUUACAGCAGUUCAAAAGUCCGGGUGGUCGAUAUCCAGAGUGCCACAAGAAAGGCACACACUUGGUGUUCGAUUCGGCUUCUCAGAAGCUGCACCCGAGUACAGGAAUAGUCUAGCACCCAUGAGGCGAGGCAAUGACGGGGCAGUUCAGCUUGAUUGCGGCCGGCUGGGAGGAGUAUCUGAGCGAGUUGUCGUGAGAUAUGAAAGAGACGGUCAAGUUACCGGCCGCUCUGCUUUACCAGCUGAGACGGCUGCUGACGCUCCCUUGGAAGAGCGUGUUCUUGAAGCCCGAAAUACCAUUUUCUCACAAGAGCUAUGGCACGAACUGACACGCGAAGCCCGCACCCUUGCAGCAUACGAGGUCAAGCCAUACGACUCCCGUCUCAUCUGCGAUAUUGAUCCAGCAUCCAAAUCAAGGGUCAUCUUAGAACUGGUGCCGCUUGGCCCUCUAGCUUCUUCAGAUGAUGAUCUCCCUGAUAACCGAAUUGCUGAGACGAUAUCCCUCGCGCUGCAUACCCUCCUUAGCUACGCUCAUCGACAGAACGAGCUCACAAGAACUCGCCCAAUUCCGCCUCACAUCCCACGAUCGAGAGGCCAGCAAACACAUGCUCUUCUCCGUCCUAUAAUCGCUCGCCUCAUGCACCUCCACAACGUCCAAGUCGUCACUAAGCACAUUGGCGCCCUCGUUCAGUCUCUUCAGCGCGCUGGCUUCCCGUCCCGUUUCGUCCUCAGCACAACCCCUAUUUCUCUCAACGACUCAGAUCACGCGAAUCAGGGACCCAACCAGCUUGCAUCGUCGCAGAUCAUGAUUCGGAAUAUGCUGCAGCCCAUCGAGUUCAACAUCAAACUAACCAUUCUUCCCAAUGUCAGCUUCACCGUCCGCGGCCGGACAUUCCUCAUGCCCGUCACAGCGACUUAUUACUAUGUAAUCAGUCCCCCGAACUCACCUCUUUCGGCUGCAUGUGCACCAUAUCGGGAGGGAUAUCCAGACGCAAAUGCACUGGCUGAUUACCUCGGCACUGCUACCACGCGCCUUCUCGUCGAGCACUACCUCGCUAUUCUCCCCUACCCAUGGUCCAAAGGCAUACAGGGCAAUGCCAUUCUCAACGCCAAGAACGAGGAUUGCCGGAUGGUCUUCACAGUCACGGAAGAGCCGGCCCUCCAUUUAAAGGGCACGUCUAUCGUUGACGGGCAGCUGGUGUCCCAGGAAUGGACGUGGUCAGACGACGCUACCAAAACACACGUUCAGGACAUCAUAGAUACCGAGGUUUCUAAAUUGAACCUCUAA